AUGGCGAACUCAAAAUUCGAGUAUGUACGAGAGUUCGAACAGCCCGACUACUUGCUACGAAACACUUGGAUCGUGGUUCGUGUCGAUGGCAGAGCUUUCACCAAGAUGUGCGCAAGAUACGGGUUUGAGAAGCCGAAUGACCGCAGAGCACUCGAUGUCAUGAACGCGGCUGCCAAAGCCGUUGUCACUGACCUUCCAGAGAUUACUAUAGCAUACGGUGUCAGUGACGAGUACAGUUUUGUUUUUCAUAAAUCUUGCAAUAUAUUCGAGCGAAGAGCAAGCAAACUUGUCAGUACCAUCGUGUCGACUUUUACGGCAAAUUAUAUACAUUGCUGGCCAAGCUUCUUCCCGGAUGCGCCACUGUCAUUCCCUUUACCUACAUUUGAUGGGCGCGCUGUUUGCUAUCCCACCAUUCAAAAUCUGCGGGACUACAUGAGCUGGCGUCAGGCGGACUGCCACAUAAACAACCUGUACAAUACCGCCUUUUGGUCUCUAGUCCAACUCGGCGGGUUGGAUAACAAGGAAGCAGAGAAGACGCUUGCGGGUACACUGGCUGCUGACAAGAAUGAGAUUUUAUUCUCUCGUUUCAAAAUCAACUACAAUAACGAACCCGAGAUUUUCAGAAAAGGAAGUGUCGUAUUCCGAGAUUAUGAACUCGUCGACCCAGCUAGUCACAAAACGGCCGAAACAAUGGAUGCGUUGGCGGAACCUGCUCAACAAUCCAAAACGCAGAAUGAGAAUGACAAGAAGCGCCGGUCCAAAGCGCGAAUUGUGGUCGAGCACUUGGAUAUUAUACGGGAUGAUUUCUGGCAUCGAAGACCAUGGAUAUUGUCAAACAAGCCGGGCAAAGUUCCAAAAGAAACGUAA